AAGGGCUCGACGUUUGUUAGGUGAUGCUAACAAAUACAAAACCUCCUGUCAUCUAAAUUAUUAUUUUGGUGUGAUUUUUCUCAGUUCAAAAUCAGGUUCAGUAAAAACCUGCUCCAAACACACAAUAUUAUGGGCCGAAAGAAGAUACAGAUUUCUCGGAUUCUUGACCAACGCAAUCGUCAGGUGACAUUUACCAAGCGCAAAUUCGGUCUGAUGAAAAAGGCGUACGAGCUGAGCGUGCUGUGCGACUGCGAGAUCGCUCUCAUCAUCUUCAACAGCACAAACCGCCUCUUUCAGUACGCCAGCACCGACAUGGACAAAGUCCUGCUGAAGUACACAGAAUACAGUGAACCUCAUGAGAGCCGUACCAACACUGAUAUACUGGAGACUUUGAGAAGGAAAGGAUUGGGGCUGGAUAGUUCUGAGGUCGAUCAUGAAGAAAGCUUGUCAUUCGGAACAGACAAAUAUCAGCACAGCGACGGCAUGGAUCUAUCCAUCGCUCGCCAGCGCUAUUAUGCUCCUUCAGUCAUUUCUACAGAAGCUCAGAUGAUGGGUUCAAGUAUUGAAAAUGGCUACGCCAACUCCUCUAAUCCAAACCUUGGCAGGACAUUGUCCUACAAACCUCUGUGCACCAGACCUGGCUCAGCCGGUUCUACUGGCUCCAACUCUCAUGCGGCACUCGGGGGUCCACACUCAGGUCUGGGCUACUCGAUGUUCUCCCAUGGCAACCUGAGCAGAGCUUUGGAGAUGAAGACUCCGCCCCCUCUGAGUAUGACCGGAGAUGGACGGCGAAUCGACCCGCACGCCGGGCUGUGUGCAACUCGCAGCAAUCUGACCAAUGCCGUGAGAGAGUCCACCAAAAGAGCUUUGUAUCAGAGUAUGCACGUUGGGGGACACAUGAUGACGAUGGGCAAGACGGGCUUACUGGGUCACAGUCUGGCGAACUACGGGGCUUCAGACUACAGUCACCCCAGUUACGCUGUGGGCUAUCAGCGCAAUUCUAUGAAUACAUGGCAACCUUUGCCUCAUCAGGACGGCCACCAAUCCAUGAUCAGCCCAGGGAUGGGCUCAGGAGGAAGCUUCACAUCCCAGAGCUCCUCACCCACCUCCUCGCCCCACCCCUCCCUCAACCUGAACAUCAAAUCUGAGCGCACCACUCCUGACCACACGCUUUCAGCCACGCCCCCCGCCGGUCACAUGGUGCAACACUCGCCAAUGGAAGAACCCAAAGUGUUAAGCCACUCUCCGAAAGAAUAUACUGCUUUGGAGAGAGAGGAGAUACAGAAGGGAGGUUUCUCCAGUCAGCACUGUCCACACAGAGACCCUGAAGGGAAAGGCGAUCCGUCUCUGAAGCAACGUGACAUCAGUAAUGGAUGGAUAAGAUAGUAGUCCAUGUCUCUUAUGGCAGAUAAAUGUUGAUAAAAAAAUAAGAAUUAUAGAGAAUCAGCAUUAUCCAGCAAUGGCUCUGGUUCUAAAUGCCUCAUUUUGGAAAGAUGUGUUUGGUUUUUACAUGUUAAACAGACAGAAACUUGAGCUCGGGCUCUUUUUUAAUUUGUUUGCAGCUUUCUUCACGUUUAAAAGAAACACGCAUCACAUUUGCUUCAUUAUAAUCAGUGAUGCAAAUGAUAUUUAACAGGUGAUGCGUCACAUAUUUUUCAUGUCGCUUAAAAGACUGAAUGCAAUGUACACAAUUGUCACUAUAACAUAAUAAAUGUGAUCCGUUUUAUAUUGAACCGAUAAAAAUCACAAAGGUAUUCUCAUCAAUAUCAUCAGAUUUUUCACCAGAGCAGCAUUCACAAAUCAAUGCUUCUCCUAUUUAGAAUUGGGAUUUUUAGUUUUCAUGUAAAAAUGAUCUUUAUUCAGGACAGGCUCCUUUUCUAACUUUAAACCGAUGUUUUUAUGUACAGUACUUUAUGUAACUGUAUCUGAAACUGUUGAGGCCUUUUCGUGCCUGUUUUCUGUUACUGUCAAGAUCAAAUUAUUCUGUUGUAUAAUAUGCAACACUCAGUUGCGUUGCAUUGUUUCCACCUGCCAUUUGCUUUGUUACUUAAGCUUGUUUUAUGAGUUUUGUGUGAAUAAUGUGUAACUUCUUGCUGUUCAUGUCGUGCCCCCUAACCAUUGUUCAAGUAUUCUCAGUUGAAGUGCGUUGCAGUGGCCACAAGAGGGCAGCACGUGACUCAAAAUACACCAGGCGCCUCUUAAAACUUGUUUCCUCAUGUCACGAUACUUUGUAAUCUUCUACAAAAAAUUUAAAGAACCGCAUUUGUACUUGUGUAACAGUAUCAUACAUUAAAACGCAAUGGUAUCAAGGCAUUUAAACUCUUAUUUAAACUUUAGAGGCAAUAUGUGAUAUAAAAAUUGUGUAGAAGCACCUACCCUGUUGAAAAAAACAGCAUAUGCUUAUUUUAUUAUGUAUUAUGUUUAUUAUGGGUUAUGUAUGUUUUGAUGCUGGUUUGACCAGCUAAGGACCAGUUUAAACCAGCAUUAAAACAUACCAAACCAGCAUAUGCUGUUUUUUUCAACAGGGUAACCUGUUUGUAAGACACAUGAACUGUAAACCAAUCAUUAUUUGAAUUUUGUACCAUGGUCGACAAAGAUGUUGACCCAACUUUUCAUGUUUAUUUUAGGCAAAGUGUACUUCAUGGAGUAAGUACUACAAGUACUUGUAAGUGUACCAUUUUAAAACUGUUUUUGACUAAAUUGGUCCACUUUGUAGUUUAUAAAGGCAUACAUUUAAGUAUACUUUAGCCUUUUAAGUGUCACUGUUUCUUUGGUGAAACCCUUGGGUUUGUUUAAAAUUUUCACAAUUAAAUUCU